CAGUGAGCUGGUACGAUCUAGCGUCAUUCUUGGGGACUUGAAGGCAGCGAACGCAUCCGGAUGUGACGCAAAUACGCAAAUGAUGUAAAUGACAUCAUUCAAGAUGGCAGCGCUGGCGUCCUUGAUGCUCAAGUCUAGAGCAGGUGUGUUGGUGCCUGGCCAGACCUCUCUGAUAGACUCUGUGAGGUUUGCGUCUAAGAAGGCUGGCGGCAGCAGUAAGAACGUCGGUGGAAAGAGCCCUGGGCGGAGAUAUGGCUUCAAGAAACAGGAUGGAAACUUUGUCCAUGCGGGGAACAUCCUGGCAACACAGAGGCUGAUGAGGUAUCAGCCAGGAGCACAUGUGGGGAUGGGAACCAACAAGACGCUCUUUGCUCUGGAGGACGGCUACGUCAGGUUCACCAAGGAGGUCUACGUCCCGCACCCACGCAGCCCCGAGGCCACCCAGGUCAUCACCAAGCUGCCAAAGGGAGUGGUGCUCUACAAGACCUUCAUCAGCGUCCUGCCAGUCAAACAGGAGGGCAAGUUUAAACUGGUGGACAUGGUCUAAGACCGCCUGGACUGGACUGGGACCUUAUUGUUUCCCAGGUAUUCUUGUGUUUGGCCGGAAUCAAGGAGGAUUUGCGUUGACUGACACUUUGACUGAUUUCGGGAGAUCUAAAUGAACAGCAACCAGAGAGCAAAGCUGAGUCGGUGGAAACCUGCAGACUCUGGGCCUCUUCCUUGGCUUCCUGUCUCCAUCAUUAUGUGACAAACUAUUGCACCUAUAAAAACAGAAGUUCAGUUUUUAUGUACACAUGACAUAACAAUAAAAUGUUUCCACU